ACAAGCCGCAGCCCCUGCAGGACGGGGGUAAGAACGAGAGACUGAGGGAGCCGGACUCCUGGGUCCCCGAAGAGGUUUGGGGCUUGUUGAUGGCCUGCGUCGCUAUGGGUUCCACCGCUACCGCGGAGGGAGCGCUGGGCUACGUCCGCGAGUUCACUCGCCACUCCUCCGACGUGCUGGGCAACCUGAAUGAGCUGCGCCUGCGCGGGAUCCUCACUGACGUCACGCUGCUGGUUGGCGGGCAACCCCUUCGAGCUCACAAGGCUGUUCUCAUCGCCUGCAGUGGCUUCUUCUAUUCAAUUUUCCGAGGCCGUGCAGGAGUGGGAGUGGACGUGCUCUCCCUGCCGGGGGGCCCCGAAGCCGGAGGCUUCGCUCCUCUUCUGGACUUCAUGUACACUUCGCGCCUACGCCUCUCUCCAGCCACGGCACCAGCAGUCCUUGCGGCCGCCACCUACUUGCAGAUGGAACACGUGGUCCAGGCAUGCCACCGCUUCAUCCAGGCCAGCUAUGAACCUCUGGGCAUCUCCCUGCGGCCCAUGGAGGCAGAACCUCCUACGCCCCCAACGGUCCCUCCACCAGGCAGUCCCAGGCGCUCUGAAGGGCACCCAGACCCACCUACUGAGUCUCGCAGCUGCAGUCAAGGCCCCCCGAGUCCAGGCAGCCCAGACCCCAAGGCCUGCAAUUGGAAAAAGUACAAGUUCAUCGUGCUAAACUCUCAGACCUCCCAAGCAGGGAGCCUGGCAGGGGAGAAGAGUUCUGGUCAACUUUGCCCCCAGGCUGGGCUCCCCAGUGGAGAUGAGGCUUCCAGCAGCAGCAGCAGCAGUGAAGAAGGACCCAUUCCUGGUCCCCAGAGCAGGCUCUCUCCAACUGCUGCCACUCUACAGUUCAAAUGUGGGGCUCCAAUCAAUACCUCCCAUCUCCUUGCACCCCGGGCCCCAGAGACCACUGGAUCACCCUCUGGGCAGGCUCGUCCACCACCAGGAAGUGAAUUUUUCAGCUGCCAGAACUGCGAGGCUGUGGCUGGGUGCUCAUCUGGGCUGGACCCCUUGGCUCCUGGGGAUCAGGACAAGCCCUACAAGUGUCAGCUGUGCCGGUCUGCCUUCCGCUACAAGGGCAACCUGGCCAGUCACCGCACGGUGCACACAGGGGAAAAGCCCUACCACUGCUCCAUCUGCGGAGCCCGCUUUAACCGGCCGGCUAACCUGAAAACGCACAGUCGCAUCCAUUCUGGAGAGAAGCCCUAUAAGUGUGAGACGUGCGGCUCGCGCUUUGUACAGGUAGCGCAUCUGCGCGCGCACGUGCUGAUCCACACCGGGGAGAAGCCCUAUCCUUGCCCCACCUGCGGGACUCGCUUCCGCCACUUACAGACCCUCAAGAGCCACGUUCGCAUCCACACGGGAGAGAAGCCUUACCACUGCGACCCCUGCGGCCUGCAUUUCCGGCACAAGAGUCAACUACGGCUACACCUGCGCCAGAAACACGGAGCUGCUACCAACACCAAAGUGCACUACCACAUUCUGGGGGGUCCCUAGCCGAGCCCUGGCCCAGACCCCACUGCUUCCUAGAAGCCCAGAAGCUGCAGGCUCGCGCCUGGCUUCCCUGUCAGCCUUGGGUUUGGGGUGGGCAAGGCCCCUCCUGUAUCAGAAACUGCCACCACCUUAAUUUCUCACUGGGGAGAGCAGGGGUGGCAGAUCCUAGCUUGAUCUGCCUCUGUUUUGCUGGUCAAAACCUCUUCCCCACAAUCGAAAUUGUUUCUGAGGAGACAGCAAGCUAGGAGCUGGGGGAGGGGAAGGACUGGAAGCCUGGUUUCCUUAAGGGAACCAGUCCUCCACCCGCAGCCCCCAUCCCGUUUAGUUUAUCUGUAAAUAUAAUUUAUUGAGGCCUUUGAGUGGCACCAGGGCCUUCAUUCUAUUGCAUUUCCCACUUCCCUCUUCCAUAAGUGUGAUCGAAAGUGACCUGAAACACAGAAUGUAAGGUCACAACUCUGCUGGCAGAGAUUAGCACUUGGCUGUCUCCUUUGGCUUGAGUGUUUUAUAUUAUUAUUGUCAUAACUUUUAUCUUUAGAAUUGUUCUUUCUCCUAUUUGCUUGUUGGUUUGUUUAAAAUGGACAAAGGGGUUCUCUGUGUCCUGCCCCUCCAAUUCUAGGUCUGGAACCUUUAUUUGUUCUAGGGCAGCUCUGGGAACAUGUGGGCUUGUGGAAUUGGGUCAGGAACCCUCUCUGGUAUUCUGGAUGUUGUAGGUUCUCUAGCAGGCUAGAACUGGAAUAUAGACUUUUCUUUGUUCUUCCAGGAUUAUAGGAACCUUUAUAGUAAGCCUGAAAGGGAGGUAACAAAUGCCUCCUGGAGGCUGUGGGUGUGGGGGCUUUGUCAGUGUUGGAACUGGGAGGAUGAAUGAAGUGGCUCUCUUAUGCCCCUAACUACCCCAUUAGUCUGGUCACCUCAGUUUGGCUCCACUGUGUCUGUCGUGAUAGAGCCCACCCAUAAUCCUCCCACUAGGGCCUGUUCUUAGCACUGAGUUGAUCCCUCUAUGGGGGAGAGAUCUGAAAUUCCUUAACAGGAAUGCUAAGAUGAUGCAACCUUUUCUGAUUCUGCUCAGUCUCUAAGAAUGUUAUGAUCUAGGGGAGAAUUACGAAACGCUUCAUCUUGACUAAACGGUAAAGAGUCAUGAUCUUUUUUUUUUUUUUUUUGAGGAAGAUUAGCCCUGAGCUAACUACUGCUAGUCCUCCUCUUUUUGCUGAGGAAGACUGGCCCUGAGCUAACAUUCAUGCCCAUCUUCCUCUACUUUA